AUGAUAUCAACUACCGCUAUCCACAUCAUUCGUAAGUUUCUCAAAAGAUUUCAAAGUCACAUCAUUAUCAACAUGUUAAAUAAAUAUAGCAUCAUACAGUUCAGCUCUACAGAAAAAGAAAAGAAACGGUCUAAAAUACAUAAUCUUCCAGUUCCAAAUAUUUGUAAAGAAGCCAAAAAGGUAACUACAAUAAUAACAUUUACAUAA